AUGUCUGACGUUACCGACCCAAAGACCCAAGAUCCUACCAUCACCGCUACCAACGCGGCGGCAACUGAGGACGAAAAGAAGGCCGAAGCCACCUCCACUGAAGAACCCAAGCCAGCCGCAGAACAAGCAGACGCUACUCCUGCUGCUGCUGCUGAUCGUGAUCUAAAGAAGGAAGCAGGAGAUAAACCUGUCACCACCACUUCUGAUAGCUUGUUCUCGAUGUUUGGUGGAGGCCCGAAGAAGGAGAGGAGAGAGGAGGAGGGUAACGGGGCCGAUGAGCCAUCUGGGUCCUCGAAAGCGAUGAGGGAGAAGGAUGAGGAUUAUGUGGAGGAGGAGGAGCCAGACGUCCACUUCGAGCCCGUCGUUCGCCUUACAGAGACAGUCGACAUCAAGACGAACGAGGAGCAGGAGGAACAAAUUUUUAAAAUGCGUGCGAAGCUAUUCAGAUUCGACCGUAACUCGCGGGAGUGGAAAGAGCGUGGAACGGGCGAUGUCAGACUUCUUAAGCACAAGGAGAACGGCAAGACUCGUUUGGUUAUGCGAAGAGAUAAGACACUGAAGGUUUGCGCGAAUCAUUAUAUUGUUCCUGACAUGAAGCUCUCCCCCAAUGUUGGCAGUGACCGAAGCUGGGUGUGGAACGCUGCUGCGGACGUCAGUGAGGGCGAACCUGAAGCACAGACUUUGGCCAUCCGCUUCGCCAAUAGUGAAAAUGCGAAUCUCUUCAAGGAAGCCUUCGAAAUGGCUCAGAAAGAGAACGAGAAACUCUUCGCUGCUGCCGCCAGCGAGGAAGGGGAGACAGCGUCGGAUGUGGAAUUGCCACUUCGAAAAUGGUCAAUUGAGGUUUACCUGCUGAACGAGCAUGGCGAGGAGAUUCCUGCGGCCAUGUUCGACAAGGUUACCUAUACGCUUCACCCGAGUUUUGGACCUAGAGCUAUUCAGACUUUCAAAUCUCCACCGUUCAGAAUCGAUGAAGAAGGAUGGGGUGAAUUUGAUAUGCAAAUCGGGUUUACAGUGCUGGACAAAGACUAUGUGGUCAACCAUGACCUUCAUUUUCAGCAAAAUAAAUACGAAUCGAAACACGUUCUUACCUUCAAAAACCCCAAACCAGUUCUCCUAAAUCUCCUUCGCGAAUCUGGUCCAGUGCCCGGUGACGAAAAUGGCGUCAAGUCGAAACGUGGAGGUACGCAGGAUGAAGGCUCAAAGAAGAAGAAACGGAUUGACAAGAAUAUCGACAUGGAUAAACUGGCAGAUGGGCUGCAGAAGCUCGGGGAAGAUGACCUUCUCCAAGUCGUGCAGAUGGUCCACGAUAACAAAUCCACUGAUUCAUAUACGAAAAAUGAUAUUGAGCAGGGCGAAUUUCACGUUGAUCUAUACACACUCCCCGAUAGCCUGAUUAAGAUGCUCUGGGAAUUCACACAGGAAAAAGGAGUUGUAUGA